AUGCACGUUGCUGUGACAUUGCAAAUACUUAGGGCAACUAAAGCUUCGAAAUUUGUGAAAUAUUUCACAACUUUGCCCGAACCGAAAGAACCGACAAUUAUGUCUGCCGCUGUACCCGGACCUAAAUCUUUAGAAUUGAAGGAAAAGUUGGGCGGUGUGCAAAUGGCUGAAACCGUACAAUUUUUCGUGGAUUAUGAAUGUGCAACCGGAAACUAUUUAUGCGAUGUAGAUGGCAAUGUUAUGUUGGACACUUUUAUGCAAAUAGGUUCGAUGCCAUUAGGUUAUAAUCAUCCCAGACUCUUAGGAGUUUUCAAUAACGCUAAGAAUGUGAAAACUCUAGUCAAUCGUCCAGCAUUGGGUUACUUUCCGGGUAAGGAUUGGGCAACAAAAUUAGAAAAUAUUCUUAAAGAGGUAGCUCCUAAGGGGUUAGAUAAUAUAACAACUAUGAUGUGCGGUUCGUGUGCAAACGAGCAUGCUUAUAAAAACAUAUUUAUCACUUAUAUGCGGAAAAAGCGAGGUGAAGAUGCUUGUUUCACUAACGAAGAAAUUGAAUCGGCUAUGAGAAAUUGCCCACCAGGCGCACCUAAUCUAAGUUUGCUGUCAUUUAAAGGUGCAUUUCAUGGUCGCACAAUGGGCGCUUUGGCAACAACGCGUUCUAAAUACAUGCAUAAAAUCGACAUACCGUCCCUGGAUUGGCCAAUGGCUCCCUUUCCAAAUUAUAAAUAUCCCUUAGACGAGUAUGAGAGAUGUAACAAAGAGGAGGAUAAAAGGUGUUUAGCUCAAGUCGAAGAUCUCAUUGAGGCAUAUUGUAAGAAGGAGAAACACGUUGCAGGUAUUGUUGUUGAACCAAUACAGAGCGAAGGUGGCGAUAAUCAUGCAUCUCCGGAAUUUUUCCAACAAUUGCAAUGCAUUUGUAAAAAGAACGACAUUUCGUUAUUAUUCGAUGAAGUUCAAACGGGCGGUGGUGGUACUGGUAAAUUUUGGUGCCACGAACAUUUUGAUUUACCCUCGCCACCCGAUGUGGUCACAUUUAGCAAGAAAUUGCAAUUAGGCGGUUUCUUUCACACUUCGGAUUUUCGUCCUCGAGAACCCCUACGCAUUUUUAACACCUGGUUGGGUGAUCCCGCAAAAAUUCUUCUACUCGAACAAAUCGUUACCGUUAUAAAAGAGGAUAAAUUAUUAGAGCAAGUCGAAAAAGCGGGUAAAGUGUUGAAAACUGGUCUAUUGCAAUUUGAAAAAGAUUAUCCGCAUUUAGUAAAUUCCACUCGAGGCCGUGGCACUUAUUUAGCCAUCAGUUCCGGAACACCGGACUUACGUGAUACUAUAGUUGGAAACUUAAGAAAAUUGGGUAUAAUUACGGCCGGAUGCGGUGAACAGUCUAUACGUUUCCGGCCGGCCUUAAUUUUUCAGGAGAGACAUGCCAACAUCGUACUUGAUCGUUUACGCAAAGUUUUGUCUGAAAUCAAGAUAUAA